AUGGCAACUUUGGCUAUGGGCGUGUCAAAUCACAGCAGAGACGGUCCACCGCCAGCUCAGGAUGCCGCAAUAGACGAUUUGUCCGAAGCUGUGGUCAAUGCCACUUUGCAAGAUUCUGACACGGCAGACAACUCCAGCAACAAAAGCACUGCCAAUCCACCCAGGCUCUUGUGUGUCUACACUCGAGCGCAGAUCCUGUAUCUUCGCAAAUCUCCUCUCGUCCAACCUCCCAAUGGUAUGCCGUCGUUGAAAGAUUGGUUUGGGGACUGGAAUGAACAACAAACAUCUACCAAAAAGGACGCUGAUGUGUCCAACGGUUCCACCAAUGCCAGAGAAAGACGUUUCCGACGAGAUGUAGAGGACGGGGAUUCUUCGAGGCCGUCAUUUCGCUCAACUCUGUCUCAGCCUUCUCAGAUGGGAAAUUUCAGGCAUCAAUCCAUCCGCACAAGCGAGCGUGAGAGGGAUCGAGACUCGGAAAGGGAGAGGGAGCGAGACUUGAGGGACAAGGAGGGGCAGGAAAGAUUGCGAAAUCUGUCGGACAAGUAUGAUCGGGAUCGGCUCGCGCUUUCAUCUGCCUCAAAUGGUUUGCGAAGCAAAGACAGAGAUUCUGCCCCUCAUCUAGUAUCUGGCACGUCUAGUAGACUCGGUCAGAAUUCUGCUACUUCUGCUCGUCGGAACGAUGCCAGGGAUGCAGUAAAGCGGAAGGCCGGUGAGACCAGCGAUGAUUGGAGACGAGGACCUGAUAAUUCGCGAGCGGGGAGAGAUGACAAGCCUGAUAGUUCUCGCAGAGACCGCGACAGACCUCGCUCUCGUGUACGUGACUCGUCAAGAACGAGACGAGACCCUUCCUCUAGUAGACGCGACCGUGAGCGUGACCGUGACGAAAGAGACAGGGAUCGGGACCGAGUCCGUGAUCGUCGUGGGGAUACUGACCGGGAUGAACACCGUCGGGACAAGGACGAUUAUUUGCGACGAGAGCGGGAUGAUCACCAUCGGCGUGAAUGGGAUGAUUCUCACAAUCGCAGCGAACGCGAUCGGGACGAUACCUACCAAAGAGAUAACCGCGAUAAAUUCCGCGCAAAAGAUCCGGAACGUGACCAUGACGAUGACCCAAGGCGUUGGAGAGACGAUGGCAAGCGUGACGAGAGGAUGGCUAUUAGGAGGGAACGAGAGCGCGAGCGCUGGGAUAAAGGCGAUGACCGCGAUCGCGAGCGCCCGGGUACCUCAGAUGACCGCGAUACUCGCCCUCGACGGGGAAUUGGGCGAGAGAGGAGAGGCGACGAUGGCCGGGAACGUGACAGGGCGAGAGAAGCCGAACCUGCUUGGAUGGAGACAUACGUCCCAUCAACCUCUGGUGGCGGUAUACUAGGCGGCAAAACCAGCGACGGGGAGCUCGAUGGCAUUCAAGCAUGGAAGAAGGGAAUGAAAGAGAAGGAGCGACAAGAGAAGGAGAGUGAAUCUACGUCUAAGGCGUCGGAAGCCGACAAGUCGUCUCCGACAUCGAACCAACCUCUGUUGCCCUCGGCUGCACCUGAUAGCCAGCUCGAUGAGAUACAGCUCUUCAAGCUGAUGAUGAAACGAGAAGCGGCGAGGAAGGAUGGCGAGACGGAUAUUGCAGCGUCGGCUGGCUCAACUCCUACACAAGCGGAGAACGACACUUCUAACCCUGAACUCGAGCAUGUCAAAGACGUCCCCGAGAAAGACAAUCGUUCUUCUUCCCCCUUGCGAUCGACACAAAGAGAUAUCACCGCUACUACACAAUCUCCCUUGGACAGCCUCAACCAGCUUCCUAAUCAUGCCGCUCAACCGAACCCUCAAUUGACCAAGGCCACAGCAGUAUCUACGAACGGUGUUCAGUCGCUAUUGACAUUGAUCUCUACUGCAUCCGGCGAGUCUGCUUCCGCGAAGUUGCCCGCAACAUCUGUAGACCAAGCAUCCGAAGGAUCUAGGUUGCUGGGCUCUCGUGUCACUUCAAAUUCCUUGCCUCCUGCGAGUGCGGCCUCCUUGACCCAAGUAUCAGAGAUGUCAAUUGAGUCCUCCAACGCAUCCCCGACGUCUGCAUUUAAUCCUCCUCCUGGCUCUCGUCUACUCGCGUUUGGCUCACGUGUAUCGUCCGCUGGUUCUGUAGGCCCCGAUGUUCUCCUCACGAAAAGCCUAUCGGAUCUCGACUCCGUUCCAGGUCAACUCCCUCCACCAGGUAUUCAUGGUCUCCCCGGCCAUAAAUUGGCUAGCAUCCCCUCCAACUCUACACAUCCUGCCCUGAGCCGUGAUGGUAUGUCUGGGCUCGGUGUCGAUCCACAUUUCGCAUCGAAUUCAAGACAUUUGGGCGGUGAUACCUCGCGCGUGAUGGGUGGCUUUUCAUCACACGGAAAUCUCACACAGUCAUCACUCUCAUAUGAUGAAUUGCCCGAUACUGUAUCCCUAGGCCAGCUGAAUGAACUCAGGCGGCCGUCGGCCGUCGAACGAGCAGCGUUCGGUCUCUCUCCAGAAUCUGCGUCAGCAUACAGUGACGUAGGAAAUGCACAUCCCGGUGCUACCAGUAUGUCAUCCAACGGGUCCAUCGACCUCGCUGGUGCGAAUGUCCCGGGUGGUGUGAAUUAUGCUACUGGCAAGGGAAGCCGUUUUGCCAAGUUUUUUGACUCUAAGGCUAGAGAGAACCAGGCUGGAGGUGGAAGAAAGGCCCCAGGGCUCUCCAGUUACCCGUCGUCCGCAGCUCUCCCUGAUCCACGGCACACUCCCGUGAGCAUGAACGGAAUGAUCAAUAACGGCGAAACGAGAACAAUGGAAGAUAUCUUUGCUAUGUUGCAAAACUCCGCUCAGAGCCAUCGCGGUUCACCACAAAUACCGCCAACAGGUCGUGUGCCCUCUGGAAGUAGUCCAUUUGGACAGAAUCACUCCGAAUUGCACAACUUGCAGAACCAGAUGCACGCCCAACAACACUUCCCGCAGAAUCCUCAUCUAGAGUCCUUAUACGACAGUCGGUUCGAGGACAGAAACUUCGUUCCCGACGGUAUGGUCCCUGGUCUUCGUCCCCCUAUUCCUCGCUCCCGAAGCAGGGAGCCAAGCGGCGUCCUCUUCAACGAGCAACUUGACGAUCCAUUACACUUCAAUGUGCGGCUGCAACAACAGCGCAAUCUCGAUCAGAUGUAUUCUGGCCCGGCCUCUUCUGUGUAUGCUCAGCAGCAAGCAGCGAUGUUGCGUAAUGGAGGCAUGCCCCUGCAACAACAGCCACAAUUCCGGGGCGCGCCCUCUCCCAUUGCUAAUCAGAAUGCGUUUGGGGGGCCCUCUCAGCGACUGCCCCCCGGACUAGCGAACCUCGGCGGACGGCCUCCUCACGACCCAUCGCAAUUCAUCGGAGGACAGAUGGGCGGAAUGGGCAGUGGGUUGCAAGGUGGACUGCACGGCGGGUCGCCUGUGCAGCAUUCGCUGAACAACUUUGGUGGAGGUGGAGGUCUUGGCUUCGGAGGCGGCCCUCAAGCUCGUGGUCUGACCGGCCCACAGAACCCCCUGGGGCUGGCGUCGAUGGGUGGCAUGGGGCACCAACACAACCUGGAUCUGCGCGCAGCCAACCAGGCGCAGCUGCUAGGGCUCGGCGGCGGCGUUGGGAUGCGGGGGCAAGGGCAGGGACCAGGGUUUGGGCCUGGGCAUGGACCGUCUGGACAAGUACCGGGGGCGCAUCUGGGAAUGCGUCAGCAGCAACCACAGCAGCUGCCACCGCAUUUAAUGCCGCAUCUUUUGCCCCCACACCUGCAGCAACAGCAACAGCAGCAAGGAAUGCUUGGGGGUAGCGCUCAGGGUACCCAGGACCUGAUGGCCCUCUUGAUGGGCGGACACCGGGACUAG